AUGGAUGUUGAGUUCGAAAUCAACGGUCAAGCAUAUUCAGAAUUCCACGAAGAUGAUUCUGAGCUUCUGAGAAAAAUUGCUCAAAAUGUAUCUUAUGAUAUUUUGUUGUCCCAGUUGCCAAAUGCAUUCCACUUACCAGGUCUAAACACGCAUAUCCUGCCUGCUGCUGAUCUUGCACAAGAACAAAUCGAGGAGCUCAUCUCCAUUAUCGAUGACAAUCUAGGUGACCUUUACAUCAAGAACAAUGGUAUAAAUUGGAAAAUCGAUAAGGACAGAGAUGAGAUGAAGGAGCCCGGCUUGGUUGUUGUAUGGUUUACUGAAAAGGAUAAAACACGUGUAGCUGGUUAUAUUUCGUUCAAAUUGUGUUUUGAUGCAGAUGAACGAUUUGUGGUAUAUUUAUAUGAAAUUCAUUUUCGAAAGGAUUUUCAGGGCAAAUCAUUAGGCCGAAUAGUGAUGGACCAAUUUCAUUUUUUUGCUAAAGGAUUACAGCGAUCUGACCAUUCGUUAUAUCAAAGAGUGAAAGGAACCUCUUUAACGGUAUUUUCGGAUAAUGAAAGAGCAUUAAAUUGGUACAAAAGAUUAGGGUAUCAGUUGGCGGAAAAUUCACCACAAGAUAAAGUCUUAAGGAGUGGGAAAAUCCGGAAACCUGGAUAUUAUCUAUUGCGACGAGGUAUAAUAAGUUGA